GAUCUUCAUCCAAAUCACACCUACAUAUACAUCUCGGAAUGAUAUCACAGUCAUAUCUUAAGAGCAAUACAUGUCACCACUUUUGAAAUGGCUUCCCGUCUAGCUGGAGCUCUUUUCCUAGCCAUCCUUGUAACUAUCCAAGCAAAUACUUUACACUAUGAAGAAAGUCCAGAAAUUCGCUUUGAACCCAACUGGGCUUCCCUAGAUUCCCGCCCACUUCCGUCGUGGUACGAUGAAGCUAAACUGGGAAUCUUCAUCCACUGGGGAGUGUUCUCGGUACCAAGUUUUGGUUCAGACUGGUUGUGGGAACGCUGGGAGGGGAGGAAGGAAGCUGCUUACGUAGACUUCAUGAAGAAAAACUACAGACCAGACUGGACAUAUGCAGAUUUUGCUAAAGAUUUUACAGCUGAAUUCUAUGAUGCAAAUACAUGGGCGGAGCUAUUUGCAGACUCUGGAGCUAAGUACAUUGUAUUUGUAAGCAAGCAUCAUGAAGGUUUCUGCAACUGGCCAACGAAUGUCUCCUUUAACUGGAACUCUCAGAUGGUUGGACCAAAACGUGACAUUGUGGGUGAGCUGGCAGAGGCCAUACGCAGCAAGACAGACCUCCACUUCGGCCUGUAUCACUCUCUGUUUGAGGGGUUCAACCCUCUCUAUCUACAGGACAAGGCCAACAACUACACCACCACCAGGUUUGCUCAGGAAAAGACUAUUCCUGAGCUGUAUGAGCUUGUGAACAACUACAAGCCCGACGUAGUUUGGUCUGACGGAGACUCGCAAGCCCCAGACACCUACUGGGGGUCCAAGGAGUUUCUGGCCUGGCUCUACAAUGAUAGUCCAGUGAAGGAUACGGUUGUCACCAAUGACAGAUGGGGAAAAGGAGACUUGUGUCUUCAUGGAGGGUUCCUGACAUGCCAUGACAGGUACAAUCCAGGAGUUCUUCAGCCCAGAAAGUGGGAGAAUGCGAUGACAAUUGACAAGAGAUCCUGGGGAUUCCGUCGAGAGGCUGCUCUUGAUGAUUUUCUGACCAUGGACGAUAUUAUAACAGUGCUAGCUGAAACUGUCAGCUGUGGAGGGAACAUGCUGAUCAAUGUGGGGCCAACCAAAUAUGGCAUGAUUAGUCCAAUCUUUGAGGAGAGACUCCGUCAUUUGGGGCAAUGGCUGAAGGUGAAUGGGGACGCCAUCUACGCCUCCAGACCUUGGCUGGCCCAGAAUGACACAGUCACACCAGGAGUGUGGUACACCCAGAGAGCUGGGAUCGUGUAUGCCAUUGUGCUGGACUGGCCACAGCCAGGUCAACUCCACCUUGGGUCAGCUUUGCCAACUAAUGGAACACAAGUCAGCCUCCUUGGGUACACUGGAAGCUUCUCCUGGCAGUAUGCGUCACCCAAAGGAAUCAGUAUCACAAUCCCUCCCAUCCCUGUCAACCAGAUGCCAUGUCAGUGGGGAUGGGUCUUCGCACUGACAUAACUGGUUGAUAAUAAGACCUUCAUGAUGACACGAAUAGUUGACAAUGGGAAGGAACUUUACAAUGACAUGAAUAGUUGGCAAUUUGAUGUAUCUUCAUACUGAUAUAAUUCGUUGACAAUAGAAUUAGACUCCACAAAGUCAUAAUUGGCUGACAAUGGACCUUCACAAUCACAUGAAAGGGCCACAAUUAAUGGGACUGACCUUCACAAUAAAAUGGGUGACAAUGGGAUGAGUCCAAAUAAACAUAUAUAUUCGGUAUUUAACUUACAUUUACAAAUAAAAGAUUUGUUCUGAUGAUGAAAUGAAUGUUUCCUUGACUACAUAUAUAUAUAAACAUUAUGAUCACCA